GGAAACUCCACACAAAGUCCAAACAGACGAGGAGGAUACGGUGGGGUUGGCGAAGGCGUUACUUUGUCUCCAUCGCUUUGGUGGCACAUCCAAUGACAUAGAUAGACGCCGCAUUGAGCGGCGGGCCUACGUCAACGUCGCCGCCAUAUUGGAUCGGCCAAGGCUGUACUGUAAACGUAUGCAAGUAAAUAUACAUACUUUGAUAAAGCACAUUUCUUCAAAGACAUUUAAGUGGAUUCCUCUCGUCUAUGUUUUCCACAUACGCACUAGUUUACCUGGAAAACAGUUCGGCACCAAAAAUGUCAUUGUUUUUGUACAACGUGAUUGUUUUUGGUGCCUGUCUGUUUCUCGGAGUAUGUCAGUGGCUGUGUGGAUAAAUGAAACGAGAGGAAACAUACAUUUCUUUGUCGAAAGGUGCCUUCUGAGAGAGCGCAUUGAAUUGUAUUCAUUUACAGCGCAGCCUUGACUCAUCCAAUAUGGCGGCGACUUUGACGUAUUGCAGCAGUUGACGAACCUACUGAAUGCGGCGUCUAUCUAUGGCUGUGUUUGAAUUCCGGGUUUGACGGAAUGAAGUAUUGCAGUACUCGCGGUGGAGUCCAGGGAUGGGACUUCCGGGAUGUGCUGUUUUCAGGUUAUGCUCCUGAUGGUGGGAUGUUUAUGCCCGAGAGUAUACCCACAUUGAGCCCCGUAACUCUGAGGCACUGGAGUGGGCUGUCGUAUCCCAAACUGGUGAUGGAGGUAGCUUCUAUCUUCAUUCCUUCUCAUCUCAUUCCCAGAAAGGACCUGGAAGUCCUUGUUGGCUCUGCUUUGUGUGGAUUCUCUGUGCCGGAUGUGAUCAGAGCUGUCAAGCUGAAGGAUGGCCUGACAAUCCUGGAGCUCUUCCAUGGGGACACCUUAGCUUUUAAGGACCUGGCUAUAACCUGCACCAUGCAAUUUCUUGGCUACUUCCUGCAGAAAGAGAGACGCAGAGCCACUGUUCUUGUUGGUACAUCAGGUGACACAGGUGGCUCGGCCACCCAGAGUGCAAAAGGUACUCCUGGCCUGGAUGUGGUGGUGGUUUACCCUCGGGGACGUAUUAGCCAUAUCCAAGAGAAACACAUGAUCACCUGUCUGGAGGAUAACAUUCACGUUUUUGCAGCGGACGGCUCAUCUGAUGACAUUGAACAGCCUCUGCGUCGUCUGUUUGCCGAUCAGGAACUUGUAAAGUCUCAUGGCCUCAUGAGCCUCAACUCAGUGAACUGGUCUCGUAUUAUGAUCCAGCUGGUCCAUUUCAUCUAUGCGUACCUGCGGCUCACAGAUGUGGAGGACAUGGAGGCUUGUAUGCCUGAACUCGAGGUGGUGGUGCCUACUGGAGGGGCGGGAAACCUUACAGCUGCCUUCAUUGUCAAGCAAAUGGGAUUGCCCCUGAAGUUGGUGGCCAUGGUGAAUGCCAAUGACAUUGUGCACAGGACGGUAACCUCUGGUGAUUUUAGCAUGGCAGCUAACGUCACACAGACACUGGCUCCUGCCAUCGACAUCCAGGACCCGUAUAACAUGGAGCGAGUGUUCUGGCUGCUUCUGGGUAGAGAUGGUGCUUUGGUGAAGGACAUGAUGGAGGAUUUCCAGCAUUCACAUUCACAUACUCUGCUUGACAAGCACCACAAACUGUUGUCUCUUAUUGUGUCCACUGGGACAGUGAGCGAUGACGGCAUCGUGGAGACAAUGAGGAGAUGCUGGGAGGACAACCAGUAUGUGCUGUGUCCGCACACAGCCGUGGCUGUAUGGCAUCACUACCACCGUCCUCACAGUGCCAAUCUUCCCAGGUGCUACAUCGCCACAGCAUCCCCAGCCAAGUUCCAAGCAGCGGUACGGAAAGCUGGCUUGACCUUUGACCUACCUGAAGCCGUCAGAGCUUUGGACACGUUAGCAUCACGUUACCAGGACCUGGAACGCAGCGCGAACUGGUGCACAGACUGGGAGCAGAAACUGAGAGAGACAAUCCAGUCGGUGGGCUCAGCUCGGAAAAACGGAUUGACUUAUUACAGCUGAUGUGACUGCAGGGCUGUGACAUGUGCAAAAAAGAUCAAUGUACGGGUCACCUUGCUUCAUUAUAAAAGGGGAUUUUACAGUGAAUUUGAUUGUGCAUUAAUACAUUUUACCAUCAAAGAUUGUAAAUGUAAAAACACAAAUACCAGAAGGUCAUAAAAUGUAAACAGAAACAUCCAUUUGUAAUGAUAGGAACUAUUAAUGAAGUUGCUUUUGGGCAUUCAUUUAUUGACUUUAUGUAUCAUUAAAGACAGCAAACGUAAGUCAUUAUUUAUCAUGUCAUUUGCACCCAUGCAAAUAAGCAAAGUGAUUAUUAAAGUGAAAUUACGUACUGUACAUGUG